GAGGACCGAGUCGCGACCGAUUCCUUUUGAGUCGUGUUGUCAUUUGUCAGCAUUAAUGGUCCCAUCCAUCCUCACCCUUCGAUCUCAUCUUUCCCAUUCCAUUCCCACCGUCCGAUCCUUUUCCUCUUUCUCUUCCUAUUUCAAUUUCAAUUUCAAUUCGCGAAUGCGUGUGCGAGUAUGAACUUGUUUGGCUGAACGAAGAACCCUAACCUCUCACCAGCGCAAGCUUCUCCUGCAACCCUCCAGACGAUCAACUGGGAUCCCAACCGCUCUCUCGCCCUCGCCAGGUGCUGAGUGGCUUUAAUUGUAAAUCUUGGCGCUCCAUGUGUGAACCUUUGUUGGGUGGUUUAGGCUCAGACUUGCUUUGUUUGCAGAUUUGAUUGGAUCGGCUUCCUGCAUACUUGGACUCGGGAAUUUGGACCAAAAACAGUUCUCGAAAUCUUGCUUGUUUCUAAGUCGUGUUCUUGUUUCUAAGUCGUUAAUGCCAGUGCAGUGAAGUAAUUUCUGGCAAGUUGAUAGUAGAGGUUCGUUCAUUGUGGCAGGGGAGGGGAGGGUUCGAAUUUGGGCUACAAAUAAACUCGGUUUACCCAUUUUGGUGGCUUUCCCUUUGUCAUUGGAGCCAUGGAAAAUGUUGAUUUGAUUGUCUAAGGCAAGGCCAAGGUAUGAGUGCAGCCUAUGCUGUAUCUGCUUUGUAACUCAAGAUUUACGGACCAUGGAAGCCAAUGGAAUCACUCAUGACAGUAGCCUAGGAGCGGGGAGAAGGGAUAAGAGAGAGGUGGGAGACAAAACGAUGGAAGAUUUAAGUAAAUACGUACACAGCCCUGCUCACUUGGCAGUUGCCAGGCGUGACCAUGCUGCCCUAAGGCACAUUGUUUCUGCCUUGCCUAGGCUUGCUAAGGCUGGUGAGGUCACCACAGAAGUAGAAUCUAUUGCUUCUGAACUUCAAGCUGAUGAGGUCUCUACUGUUAUUGAUUGCCGUGACGUUCCUGGUAGGGAGACUCCUCUUCACCUUGCUGUGCGUCUCCGGGAUCCAGUCUCUGCUGAGAUUUUGAUGGCUGCUGGUGCGGAUUGGAGUCUGCAGAAUGAACAUGGUUGGAGUGCUCUCCAAGAAGCAGUGUGCACCAGAGAGGAAGCGAUUGCCAUGAUUAUUGCACGGCACUAUCAACCUCUGGCUUGGGCUAAAUGGUGUCGUAGACUUCCCCGCAUCGUCGCUUCAGCAUCUCGAAUUCGUGAUUUUUAUAUGGAGAUAAGUUUUCAUUUUGAAAGCUCUGUCAUUCCUUUUAUUGGGCGAAUAGCUCCUUCAGAUACUUAUCGGAUUUGGAAGCGUGGGUCUAAUCUCCGUGCUGAUAUGACCCUUGCUGGUUUUGAUGGCUUACGCAUCCAGCGAUCGGACCAGACUUUUUUGUUCCUCGGUGAGGGCUAUGUUGCAGAGGAGGGUAAUUUUACUCUGCCACCUGGUUCUUUGAUUGCUCUUUCUCAUAAGGAGAAGGAAAUCACGAAUGCUUUGGAAGGAGCUGGUACACAGCCAACAGAGUCUGAAGUUGCUCAUGAAGUUUCCUUGAUGUCUCAGACAAAUAUGUAUAGACCAGGUAUUGAUGUUACUCAGGCUGAACUUGUUCCCCAUUUAAAUUGGAGGCGUCAGGAGAAGACUGAGAUGGUUGGGAAUUGGAAGGCAAAAGUUUAUGACAUGCUUCAUGUGAUGGUUAGUGUGAAGUCAAGACGGGUUCCAGGUGCUAUGACAGAUGAAGAGCUUUUUGCCGUGGAGGAUGGAGAAAGCAUGAUGAAUGGGGAAAACAAUGAUGAGUAUGAUGAUGUAUUGACUGCAGAGGAAAGAAUGCAAUUAGAUUCUGCACUGCAUAUGGGGAACUCUGAUGGUACUUAUGAGGAUGAGGAACAUGGAGCCUUUGAUGGUCAAGAAAAUGGUUCUGCAGCUUCCCGUGAGAAUUCUGAAGCCAAUGGUGUGGUUAAAGAAAAGAAGAGCUGGUUUGGUUGGAACAAGAAAAGUUUGAAGAGUAGCAGUGAUGAUCCUGAGGAUUCCAAAGCUGUGAAGAAAAAUUCCAGGUUUGGCUCAGAAGGUAGCAAUCAGAGAUCAGCUGAUCAGCCGAAGUUAGCAUCUGACUUUCUGAGGGAGGAUAGUGUAGACUCUAGGAAGGGAAAAGAUAAAAACAUUAAAAAGAAGAAGAAAAAAGGAGCAAACAACAAUGAGUCAAAGAAUGAGAGUGAGUAUAAAAAGGGUUUAAGACCUGUGUUGUGGUUGACGCCAGACUUUCCUCUGAAAACUGAUGAGCUGCUGCCUCUGCUUGACAUCUUAGCAAAUAAGGUUAAGGCUAUUAGAAGACUCAGAGAGCUUUUGACAACAAAGCUUCCUCAUGGAACUUUUCCUGUCAAGGUCGCUAUCCCAAUAGUUCCUACUAUUCGGGUGCUUGUCACUUUUACGAAAUUUGAGGAGCUUCAGCCAGUAGAGGAGUUUUCAACUCCACUUUCCAGCCCAGCUCAUUUCUAUGAUGCCAAAUCCAAGGAAUCAGAGGGUUCUGGUUCAUGGAUUUCAUGGAUGAAAGGAAGUCGUGGGGGGCAGUCCAGUGACUCAGAUAGUCACAGAUAUAAGGAUGAAGUUGAUCCUUUCAGCAUACCUGCGGACUACAAAUGGGUGGAUGCCAAUGAGAAGAAACGCAGAAUGAAGGCGAAGAAAGCCAAAAGCAAGAAACAUAAGAAGCAGACAGCGGCAAAAGGUGGAGAUGGAGUGCAGCAUCAGAGGACCGAGGACGUAGAAGAAGAACAGUAAUAUCGUGGGUUGGUAUCUCUGGGUAAAAUUGGGGCUUUGAUAAUUGUUGCCAGACAGAGUCUUGCUUUGUGCACAGCCACAACUGACAUUACAGUUCUAUGUUGGAGGGUUUGUCCAAGAAUUUACUAGAAAUUUCUCGGGCAACCAAUUGUUAUUAGUUAAGGAAAAGGUGCCUUUAUUUUUUUCCUCGUAUCACGAAGAAAGCUUUGUCUUCUAUAAAUUGCUGUAUUGCCAGUGAAGAGGAAUUGAAGAGCAAGGGUGUUUUGCUCCCUAGAUCUCGCUUGGCUUCAUUCUAGUUGUCCUUAGAUACCACUAUUUGUAUCUACACCUAUGUCGAUGAUUAUCGAUUUUUACAUUUUCGUGAGUGGUAAUCUCCAGUUUUAACUGUUUCAAGA